UCUAGGCUGGUUUGAAUGUACAGAGCUGGAGCUCCAACAUGGCACUGAAUAGGACGGGUUUUAUAUGGGUUUAUUUUGGACAGCUGUAAUGUGCAGAGACCCGUCCAACACACAAACAAGGCUGACUGGGGCGUCUAAACGGGGGACAGGGUGUGAGUUUGAUUCUGCUAGCUGUUCAGGCUAACCGGAUAUCUUAGCUGGUUUGGUGGCGGAUAAUAACGCAGCAGCCAUGGUCCUGAUGAUGGAGUCGCAGUGCGAGUAUUUUAUGUAUUUCCCCGCCGUGCCCAUUUCGGACCUGUCCGACCCAGCUCGGUACCGCACCCUCCCGCGCCGCAGCCACCUCUACCUGGGCGAGACGGUGCGCUUCCUGCUGGUCCUGCGCUCUCAGAGCUCGGCGGACGGCGGCGCGGAGCAGCCCGGCAGCAGCAGCCGCUGCUCGUGGAGGGAGCUGGCUGGCUCUCUGUGCGCCGUGGCCAGCGUCUGUCCCGGAGACGGCAGGCAGCGAGCACCGCCGCUUUACCACGACUACCAGAGCAGCGGGGACGAGUGUGUGGAGGACACGGACGACGAAGAGGCAGGGGCGGGCUGCGCGGCGGCCAGAGGCGGCUCCAGGGCCCGGGGCUUCAGGGAGUGCAAACCUCUCCUCAUCCACAACAACCCGGCCGGCAGCGGGAGGGAGUUCCGCAAGGCGCCUCUACAGUCGCCUGCAGAUGAACCCGUAGUUCUAAAUGAUGAAGUUAUCUUCCCUCUUACUGUGUCAUUGGAUAAACUCCCUGUCAGCACGCUCAAAGUGAAGAUUAUUGUGACCGUGUGGAAGCGGGAAGAGGAGAAGGCUGAGAUACAGGAGCAUGGCUACCUCAGCAUCCUUCAGCAGAAGAGCCCCUGCCAAACCUUCCGCCAAGACCUCAACACCUUCAAAGCCCAGGUCAGCACCACCCUGAAUGUUCUUCCUCCGCCCACAGUGAAGUGCCAGCAGAUGACUGUGUCUGGAAGACACCUCACUGUCCUUAAAGUGUUAAAUGGGAGCUCUCAGGAGGACGUGUGUGUGCACGAUGUCAGAAUCCUGCCCAACUUCAACGCCUCGUAUUUACCCAUGAUGCCUGAUGGCUCCGUGCUGCUGGUCGACAAUGUGUGCCAUCAAUCAGGCGAAGUGGGCAUGGCGUCUUUCUACAGGAUGGACAGCGAGUCUAGUCACCUACCCAGUACUCUCAGUGCCCUGGAGGAACAGAACUUCCUGUUUCAGCUGCAGCUUAGUGACCAGGCACAAGACGAUUCAAAUGAGGGUCUUGAGGUGCCACUGGUUGCAGUCCUCCAAUGGUCCACUACCAAGCUACCUUUCACCAACUCCAUCUACACCCACUACAGUCUGCCCAGUAUCAGACUGGAUCGGCCACGCUUCGUUAUGACUGCCAGCUGCCCCAGUGCUGUCAGAGCCCAGGAGCACUUCAGAGUCCGAUACACACUCCUCAACAAUCUGCAGGACUUCCUGGCCGUACGCCUCGUCUGGACACCAGAGGGCCGUGGUCAGAAGGAGGACCCUGCAGUAAAUGCUGUAGUUUGUCAUUCUCCUCUAAGUAACCUUGGUUACUGUCGCAAAGGCAGCACUCUCUCCGUCUCUGUGGCUUUCCAGAUCCUCAAGGCGGGCCUGUUUGAACUAAGUCAGCACAUGAAGCUGAAGCUCCAGUUCACAGCGUCUGUGUCCAACCCUCCCCCUGAAGCCCGGCCGCUGUCCCGCAAGAACAGUCCGUCCAGUCCUGCCGUCAGAGACAUACUGGAUCGACACCAGGCCAGUCUGAGCCUGGGCCGCUCACAGUCCUUCUCUCAUCAGCAGCCCUCCAAAUCCCACCUCACCAGGACAGGCAGUGUUAUGGAGCGGAGAGCGAUAACUCCCCCAGUUGGCUCUCCAGUGGGUCGACCACUCUACCUCCCCCCAGACCGGAACAUUCUAUCGCUCGACAAGAUUGCCAAGCGCGAAUGCAAGGUGCUGGUACUGGAGUCACACAACUAAACAUAAAAACACAUCCACACACACACAAACAUAUACACACACAGCAAAGAAGAGGAUAGAGUAGGAAGUGACACACUGGAAUCUUAAAUUAUUUUGAAAUUGUAGUUGUAGUAAAUUAUUGACAAAACUUGAAUUGUCAUGGAAAGUGUAAAAUUCAAAAAAAAGUGUCUCAAGCUCCACAUGACAGACGUGGUCUCUUAGUUUCAGUUGUUUAGGGAUGCUUUUUCAUUUUGUUUCUUUUACAAAUGAAUUGUUUACAUGCUGUGAAUUAGGGUCCAGCGUCGUAUUUCAGAUUAGUGCAAAAUACAAGUAGCUGUUCUGUUUUCACAGAUUUCUGACAGACAUAUGAAGUGAGAAAACACACGCAUAUACAGUUGAUGCAAAAGUUUGGGAGCCCUAGUCAACUUACGUGUUGAUUUUCUACAUGAAAAUAAGUUAACACAUCCUCCACAGAGAACAAACUUCUGCACAUUUCAAUGUUCGAUUACUGUUUAUUUGCUAAAUUUAACAUAAUGGGUGUUCAAACUUUUGCAUACGCCUGUACACACAGACAUGCAUAUGUGCUGUAAUCCAUUUGGAAGUAAUUCAGUCACUGGGUGUAUGAUUUGGGUUUAAAAUGUUGUUUGUCAAACUAAUUGAGCAUGCACCUCACUGUGUGUGCAAAGAUAGAUGUUUGAGGAAGCACAUGGGGUCAUGAGGGAUUAACAAGUUUUCCUGCCUGAAAGUAUGUUUAUGACGUUUGUGUGAGUCAGUGUUUACUGACUGUUCUGUAUUACAGUUGCUGUUCUGCUGACUUCCUUCAGUGGAUAAUUGCAUUAUUAAUGUAAUGGUGUCAGAAUGUAUUUAUUUCCUUUUUUAGGCUUAUAAUUUGCAAUCAUUUGUUUGCUCCAAACCAUAGUAUAAACCUUGACAUUUCCUUUUCAUUUUUCUCCAUACAUUCCCAUUUGUCCCUAACAUAAGCUGCUGGUGCAAAACACCAGUGUUACUGUUGUUUCCCAGCAAAUGCUAGUGAAUCUGUGCAGCACUUGUUUUGACUUUCUCCUCGACUUUAAAGUGAUGGCUGUCGUUUGCAACCAUUACACUUGUAAAAAGUCACCCUUAAAGGCCAAAAUUUCAAUUUUAUGUAAUGCUGUGUUUGCGUGAAAACUGGAGUCUCUGUAUCCAGCGUACUUUUGAAGUGCAGCCCAUCGUGCAACCUAUUAUAUAGCAGUGUCUUUCUCUAAUACGUGGUUAAAUUCUUUGGGAUGUUUCAGUGAUUCUGCGUUUGUCACAUUAUCAUUCCACUUUUUUGUUCCAGCUUGUACUGUCUCAUUUGUACACAGCGCUUGGCAUUUACACAUAGUAGCUGACGCCUCCGAGCGAACUGAUUGAGUCACUUCACGUUCCUCCUGGUAGGCGUUGUGUGUGCCAUUUUGAUUUAUGCUCCCUCUGCUUUUUUAUGCUUUGUGUCAUAACUCAGUCUGUGCACAUGUUGCACUUCCAAAAUGGAUGACUGGGAUUCAGUUGCCAUCACUGUACUGUGACUGCACAUUAUGUAUUUAAUUUUGGGUGGAAGUUGCCAGUCUACCCAAAAUCCUUACCUUAAGUAAGGGAAAACUGACCUCAUGCUGGCAUUAAAGGGCAUCUUCCACUAGCAGCUCAUCCCCUUGCCCCACAAUGAUGAUCUUGGGUCAGGUUACCAUUUACUAAUAUCAUUCUGCCAUUCCACACUGGAGCAGUGGCUACAAGCACAUUAUUGACUUGUGUGCAUUGACUUUCUAUCAGCCUUUCAGGGGCACAUGCUGACACGCCUCUUAGCUGCUCUGAUAAUCAAGUAACAGUCAUAAAGCCUCACAUCAGGCUUUGCAUUGCAAUCAUUUCAUGGUUGAUUUUACAGUGCCCUUUGAAUGUUCACUGACGUGUGUGCAUGAACGACUUAUGCUUGUCUGUUCAUGCCGGGCCAGUUAUCUCAUUUUGAGCGUGGUGUUUUCAUGCAGUGAAGCUACCUGUUUGGAACCUCUUUCGCAGUUCUCGAAUCUGACCAAUUUGACUGAUACCGUACAAUCUGACAAUGGAAAAUGUGAUUACAAUGCUGUGUCUUUGGUACAGUAAAGGAAGCAAUAGGAAUAUCACGUUCUUAUUAUUUCAUUGUCAGAACUGUGACAUUUUACAUUUGUUAAAUUUCAAGUUCUUAUUCCAUGUUUUACUUAUGUUAUCACUGAAUACAGCUUGCUUUGUGAGAAUUUCUUGGAGUUCUUUUUAUUUGAGCAUCUGUUUGCUGUUUGGGGUAGAAACGCUAUUUGUUUUUGAUUAUUUGCUUUACUGUUAGAAAAAACAGAUUAACAAACAGAUUGUUAGUGCAGCUGUUUCAAACUUUGGAUCAGUGUACUUGAACAUAGUAGAACUUCAUAAACAUGCUCUCUGUGCAAGCUUGAUAUUUUAUUUUUUUAUUUUGUAUUUUAUUUUUCUCAUCAAAUUGAUACAUUUUAUAAUGUUAAUUAACCAUUUUUGUUUUUUAUUUCAUCCAAGCACUUUAUUUCAAUUGUUUAACUUAUUGUCUAUGGGAAAGGAAAACUGAAUGUCAAAAAUGAUUUGACUGCUGAUCUCAUAUGUUAGAAACUUUAUUUGCUUUGUUGCUUUGACUAAAAUCCUGUUAUUUAAAGUGUUUACAUCACAAAAAAAGUGUUUAAAGUUUGUGAAAGUGUGUGGUAUUCAUCACCUCCUGGGUUAUUGCACUUGAAAGAACUGAAUAAACGGAGAUGGGCAUAAUUUGUUAUUUUCCUUGGGAAAAUUUCAUUUAAAAUAUCACAGAUUACCACAGUAA